GCUAGGAACAGACGCUCGGGACACCGCGGAGCGCUGCACACGUGCAGCCUCCGUCUCACGCAGAGCUCCUGCCUCGCAGCAUUGCUGCCUGCAGGCUGUACGGCACCAUGCACUCGCCGGGCUCCACCGAUCCGGGCGAUGCGCGCGCAGCUGACAUCAUGGGCAUUUGUGAGUCAAUCUUGGAGAGGAAGCGGCAUGACAGCGAAAGGUCCACGUGCAGCCUCCUGGAGCAGACAGACAUCGAAGCCGUAGAGGCCCUUGUUUGCAUGAGUUCUUGGGGUCAAAGGUCCCAGAUGAGACCCCUCACGCCUGUGUCCGAUUCUGGUGAUGUCACCACUGCUGUGCUUAUGGACACAACUGCACCUGAUCUACCAAAGGACUUUCAUUCUUUUUCAACUCUGUGUAUAACUCCUCCUCAGAGCCCAGAGCUCACGGAGCUGUCAACAGGAACCCCUGUUCCUUCCCAAGUAAUUAAUUCCAAAGGAUGCAUGGUCACUGCCAUCUCCCCAUCCCCUACUGGGGGCCCCAGAACACUGAGCAAGAGGGAACCAUUGGAGCCAGCCUCAGGGUCCUCCUGCAGGGCUGUGAUGACAAGUGUGAUCCGUCACACUGGAGAGAGUCCUAUUCCCACAUGCUUUCCAACUGGGCCAAUUCAAGAGCAACAAGCAUCUGACAGCAGAGAAGGACAGGAACGCUUGCUGGACCACCUCGAAGCCUUGCAGGACACACGCCUGGCAGGUGGUUUACUCGUCACUAGCUUGGUUUCCUGUCAGCCUUGCUUGCACAACGCUGGUGGCCCGUUCCCCACUGACAAAGGCCAACAGACAGGAUGGCCCGCUGCUGUUCAGACCUGCUUACCAAAGAAUCCUGACAGUGACUUGUCAAGAAAAACCACCCCUCUUAUUUCUGUCCCUGUCUCCAGUCCCCCUGUCCUUUGCCAGGUGAUCCCUGUGGCUGGACAGAAUGGCAUGUUCUCAGCGUUUUUGAAGCCGCCUACCCAGUUGCCUGCAGGGACUGUCAAGCCCAUCCUACCCCAAGCUGCUUCUCUGUCUCAGCCUGUGUUCAUGGGCCCGCCUGUGCCUCAGGGAACUGUGAUGCUGGUCUUGCCGCAGAGCACCUUCCCCCAGCCUGCUGCCUGUCCAUCCAGUGUCAUGGCCAUUGGAAAUACCAAGCUGUUGCCCCUUGCCCCUGCACCAGUGUUCGUUGCCUCCAGCCAGAACUGUGCCCCUCAGGUAGACUUUUCCCGAAGGAGGAACUAUGUUUGCCAUUUCCCAGGCUGCCGGAAGACCUACUUCAAAAGUUCCCACCUUAAAGCUCAUCUUCGCACUCACACAGGGGAGAAGCCUUUUACCUGCAGCUGGGACGGCUGUGACAAAAAGUUUGCAAGGUCAGAUGAACUGUCUCGACACCGCAGAACUCACACUGGAGAGAAGAAGUUUGUGUGUCCUGUAUGUGACCGGCGCUUCAUGCGGAGUGACCACCUGACAAAGCAUGCUCGUCGCCACAUGACAACCAAGAAGAUCCCAGGCUGGCAGGCAGAGGUGGGCAAGCUGAACAGAAUCACCUUGGCAGAGAGCCCCGGGAGCAUCCUUGAACCCUUGCCAGCCUCUGGCUGAGGGGUCCUCUGUGGCAUCCAUCACCUGUGGGCUUCUUCGAAAGCCUCUUCAGGAAUGGAACCUGUGUGUUCCUCUCCAAAAAUAAACAUGGUCUCUGGGCUGUUGAAGUGAGGAGCUGGUUCUGAUGGAAGUAUAUUAAUUUUACUUUUCUGGUUGGGACCCUGUUCAAUAUCUUUUGUAGUUUCAGAACUCUGUCUGUCUCUGUGUUUAUCUCUGUGUGUGUGUGUGUGUGUGUGUGUGUGUGUGUGUGUGUGUGUCUCUCUUUUGUAAGGAAAUGGAAGAAAAUUUGAUCUAAAUCACCAGCACUCAAAUAUUUCUGCAAUAAAGUUUACAAAAUCUGGACUUUUUUUUUAUACCUUUCUAUUCAUGUUUUGUAGAAAUGUGACAGGGUACUAAUUUUUAUACUUUUUAUAAAAAUAUUUAUAUUGUGCUCAAAUCACCAAUUUGUGGAUAGACAGUUUUACAGCCUUCUUUUCCAUGUUUUAUAACAAAGUUUUGUAAUAACCCUGCUUAAGAGUAAGCCUGGUAGUUAGUCAGAAAGAAACAAAAUAACAAGUUUGUUACCAGCCUUUUAUAGUGAAUGUUUUAGAUCAGAUCUGGUUAAAUAAAGAACUCUUAAAGGGGAAAAAUAAACUUUGUAGUUAGCUUCUUUAUAUCAGUUUCAGGGGAAAUUCUAGCAAUUGAUCCUGUAGCUUACAGAACUAAAAAAUUGUGGUUGGAUAGAACUAAUCAUGUGAGUCUGACGUCCCUGUGGAGGACGUGCCCAGGUCUGCCUGGGCUGCUGGCCAUCUGAGCAGGGCCAAAUGUGGAAUGUUGACUUCUGGGCCAUCUGUCUUGUCUGCUAAGAGCAAAUGAUCCCGUGUCCUGUCUGUACUUAUGCACCAAAACCAAGAAUGUAGACGCAGAAACUUUGUAGGUUGCCCGUUCUGUUGUGGUUUUGUACUGCAUGCUGGAUUGAAUGACCACACAGAGAAAAGGAAAUGUCUAUAUUGGUUGGCUAAACUUCCCACAGAGUGCAACUUCCACAAAGCAAGGCCUUUGUGCACAGUCGGCUCUGGGGUUUGGAUGCCUUUCUUAUUAUGGACAAAACACUAAGAAAUGUGUCACUAAAUGGCAGUGGCUGCCACCCAACUGCUUUUCCAGUCAUUAUGUGUGAAGAAAAUGAUUUUGCUCAAAUAAGAAGACUUGAAAUGGGGAUUUUGUAGCUUACCUGAAAACAGAUCUCGGACACUGCUUUUACGCCUCGUGAGCCUGUAUCCUGCAUCCGGGUGAUCACAAAAAAUGGUUUUAGUUAAAUUUUGGGAAGCUCAGGCAAUACAGUAGUAAGUAUGAGAACAGGUGUAUUGUGCCAUUUGGGCACCCUGAGAAUAUUUUUGUGUGGUAUGUAUUAGGUUUUGUAUUUGCCUUUUAAUGGUUGGCAUUUAACUUUAUUAAAUGAUGCAAGGUUGAAAUACUAAACAGCUAGAUAAAAUGAGGUUUCUGUGUUCAGGUCUUUGAGCCUUAUAUAACCAUUACGUGGUCAUACAUUGUAUGUUACUUGAUCCUUGUUAAGCUGCCUUUGGUAGCCGAGUUCUGUAUGUACAUGUGUUUAGGAACUGUCCAGACAGCUCUCCAGGCAGUGUUGCUAUUGUCUUUCAGCGUAAUGGAGUGCAGGAGAACUAACUGUAUAUAGCUAACGUGUGUCCCAGCACCCUGGUCCUGUCCUCCUGUCUUAAGUCAGCAUCCACACUGGUGACCGUGUAAGUGAAAAAUGGCAUCCAGUUUGGAUGUCUUUUUUCGUUGUGACAUGCAGAGUGAUGUCCCUUGUCCUGGCAUUUCUGUGGGUAAUGGAAGGCCUUGGAGUGUCUGGUCCCUCAUCACAGAACUUUCUCUCACCAGUAUUGUUUCUAAAUGACGGAUGUGUUGAAAUACCAUUAGGUUUCCAUUUCCUAAUUAGAUGUAGAAACCCCUUUUCUGAAAGAGUCCCCAACAUUUGUCUACUGAAAGACUAAGUUGGAAAACAGUUCCUAUCUGCAAAGGACUCCUGAGCCCCAGAGCCCCAGGAGUGGAUGCUCCCUUGAGGGCCCUCCCUGACUCCCACAAUGUGGUGGUGACCCCAGUGCACUUUAUCGCUUGAGAAGUUCUUCUUGAUUUGAUUUUUUUUUUACUUUGUUGAGCCUUUCAGUAGUUUUAGUAAUAAAAAUUUAAAUGUUAACUA